CUCUCUCGGUCCACGGGUCUACGUGGGCAGGCGGGGAGAACCGUGCCGGAGCCUGGAAGGACGAUGCUUGCUGCCGGUACCGCGCUGCUGCUGCUGCUCCUGGCCGCCGGGGCGUGCGCCGGCGCGCCGGAGCCGGAGCCGCCGACGCUGGUGCAGGAGCGGGUCAAGCCCGAGUCCCCGCUCCUCAAGCCCAAGGUGAUGAUCGCCAUCGUGGCUCGCAACGCGGCGCACAGCCUGCCGCACUACCUGGGCUGCAUCGACAGGCUGGAGUACCCGAAGGCACGCACCGCGAUCUGGGCAGCGACGGACCAUAAUAUGGACAACACGACUGCCAUUUUAAGAGAAUGGCUGAAGGAGGCCCAGCAUGCCUACCACUAUGUGGAGUGGAGACCAAUGGACGAGCCCAGAUCCUACACAGAUGAGUGGGGCCCGAAGCACUGGCCUCCCUCCAGAUUCAACCAUGUGAUGAAGCUGAGACAGGCGGCACUAAAGGCAGCUCGGGAACGAUGGGCCGACUACAUACUGUUUGUGGACAGUGACAACCUGCUGACCAAUCCUCGGGUGCUGGACCUACUGAUGGCUGAGAACCUGACCUUGGUGGCUCCGAUGAUAGAGUCCCGUUCCCUGUACUCCAACUUCUGGUGUGGCAUGACCCCACAGGGUUACUAUAAGCGAACGCCAGACUACCAGCCAAUCAGGGAGUGGAAGAGACUCGGCUGCUACGCGGUUCCCAUGGUGCACAGCACCUUCCUAUUGGACCUGCGCCGUGAAUCCAGCAAGGAUCUGGCCUUCUACCCACCUCACUCAGACUACAGCUGGGCAUUUGACGACAUUAUGGUGUUUGCAUUCUCGGCACGUCAGGCAGGUGUGCAGAUGUAUGUGUGUAACAGGGAGCACUACGGUUUCAUGCCCGUCCCUCUCAAAGCCCAGCAAAAUGUGGACGACGAAAAAGAAAGUUUCAUACACACCAUCACAGAAGCUUUGAUUAACCAUGACAUCGAGCCCUCGGAGCACGUGCACGCUCCCCCCUUGACGCAAGACAAGAUGGGUUUUGAUGAAAUUCUCCUGAUUAACCUGAAACGCCGGCUGGACAGAAGAACCAGGAUGUUGAAAACCAUGUCCUCCAUCGGCUUUCGUGUCUCACUGGUAGAAGCGGUGGACGGGAAGGCUCUGAAUUCCUCCCAGCUGAAGGACCUGGGAAUAGAGAUGCUGCCCGACUACAAGGAUCCGUACUCUGGUCGCGUCCUCACCAGAGGGGAGAUCGGCUGCUUCCUCAGCCAUCACUCCAUAUGGACACAAGUGAUUGAACGUGGCCUCCAGAAGGUUCUAGUCCUCGAGGAUGACGUGAGGUUUGAGCCCAGGUUUAAACGAAGGAUUCAGGCCAUCAUGGAUGAUGUCGACAGAGCCCAGCUGGACUGGGACCUCAUCUACGUGGGCCGAAAGCGCAUGCAGGUGCAGCAGCCAGAACAGUCGGUGGACGGCGUGAACAACCUGGUCGAGGCCGACUACUCCUACUGGACGCUGGGAUACGCACUCUCACAUCAGGGAGCCAGAAAGCUACUGGAUGCUCAGCCUCUCCCGAAGAUGCUGCCCGUUGACGAGUUCCUGCCCGUCAUGUUUAACAAACACCCCAACGUUCAGUACAUGUCUCAGUUUGAGCCUCGGGACCUGAAGGCCUUCUCCGUGGAGCCGCUGCUCAUCUACCCCACCCACUACACCGGAGAGCCAGGAUACAUCAGCGACACAGAGACGUCUACCAUAUGGGACGAUGAAACCGUGGACACGGACUGGGACCGGCAGCAUGCGCGCAAGACGGGCCAGCAGGGUCGCAUCCGGCCCAUGGCACAAAACAGCGUGACCGGAGAGUCACCGCCUCCUGCUGCUCGAGCUUCACGCGAUGAACUCUGAUACAGAGACGUGAACGCCUCAAAACUACAAGAUGAGCACACACAAGGGAAGAUGUGUGUCCACACACUUGAAAAGACAUUUGAACUAAGAGCUGACAUACUGUUCAACCGUUUACACGUGUACACAGGUGGAUAAAAGAGUAAACUGAUGCAAUCAUCCGAUCGGCGGCAUGACGAGGGGUCAUAAAGAGAGAGCGAGACGAGCCAAAUCCGGGACGAGGGCCAGCAUACCGUUUUAACAAAAAGUUUUAUUUAUUCUCCAUGUGCCUCCCAUGAGCACGUGGACGCAGUUACGGCCUGAAAUCAUUACACAUGGAAGACGGCUAACGUCACUUAAAGGGAAAGUUCGGUUUUUUACAACCUGGACCUUAUUUCUGGCAUUUUUUAUGGUUGUAUACUCACCCAGAGGUGUUUGGUGUCAUUUGGAGUCCUUCGGAAGAUAUUACGAGUUUUUUGCGAGCCGCUUCUCCAUAUAACGGUAGCG